ACACACACACACACACACACACACAACUUCUUCUCUUUCAGAUUCACAGACUACAUUAUUAUUUAUUCAAUUUUCUCUCUUCACUUUUUCAAUUUUUAGUCACCUAUAUCUCACACCUCUUCUCCUUCUUCAACCUUCAAACCUUAACUUCACUUUCUCUCUCCUCGAUCUAAAAUCACCAAAAUCAAAUUCUCUCUCCUCAAAAACCCUAAAAUUCUCAAAAUCAAUCGAAUUUUCAAGUAUUGCAGAGAACUUCAGUGAAACAUCAGUUUAAAAUUUUGAAUUUGAAUUUAAAUUUAGUGUUGAAGAUUGAAGAAUGCAACGGAUGAAUUGAAUGGCUCAGUACAGACAACCUUCUGGUUUUGAUGAUUACGUCAGCACUAGUAGUAGCAACAACCACCAUUACAGUAAUGGCGGCAUAAGCGCCGCCGUAGCCGGAAACUCCGACCACGUCAGCAUUGGAGUGCGUGCGACGUCGCAUAAGCAGACACGUCAUCACCGGAGAUUAGGUCAUAGUGCGAAAAGAAGGAUCUCGAUCGGAACUGUUAUCUCUCUACUUUGUUUUGUACUUGCUGCUUCUGCUUUUGCUUACGUAUUUCUUUCUAGAGAUCAUUCUUCAGACUUAAAUACAGGAGAGAUCCAAGAUGAUGCUUUCAGAGAUGAUUUUCUAAAAAAUGUGACAAGGAUUACAACUCCCAUAGUCAAGUUUGGCCAUGGCUCUGUGGCUCAUGGUGGUGAUUCAAGGUAUUGGGAUAGGGAUGAUAGGAGAAGGGAUGAAGAUUACAACGAGGACGUCUAUAAAAAAAGUAGCUCAGAUAGUGACGAUGAAUCUGGGAAAGAUCAUGUUUCUGUUGGGGAGAAGAGUCCAACAAAGAAAUCCAAGAACCAUUUGAGUAAGGGCUCGGAUCAUCAUGGUUUGUAUAAUGAAGCUGGGCGGGACGAAUUAAAAAUGUAUGAGAAGAAAUAUGAAGCUUCUCUAAAGAAUGUUGGCCAAUCAGGCUUGGAAAGUGAGGGUGGCAAUCAUGUUUCAGACGAAGGUAAUCCGGAUAUGGAGAAUGAGGACACGGAAGUAGAUGAUGAAUAUGAUGAUGGGAUUGAUUCACAUGACGCUCAUACGGACGACUAUGACGAUAAUAGACAUGAAACUGAGGUUACCUCCAAACUGCGUAAGUCCCACUCUGAACAUAGUGGAAAUGACCUCGGUAAAGGCCACAAUUCGCAUGUGGAUUAUGAAUCAUUAGACGAUAGUUCAUCCAAACAGCGGAGUUCCGACAAAGUAAGUGGGAAGACUAAGCAGGCCAGUUCUGCUGAUGCCCGGUCAAAUAUGAGCUCUGGAAAGCAGCCAAAGAAACAUAGGAAGCACCGCAAAUUUUCCUCUUCAAGUUGUGAGAUGAAAUUGCUGAAUUCUACUGCUCAACUUGUAGAGCCUCUUGAAAGCAGAAAAUUUGCAAGAUUUUCACUUUCAUAUACAGAAAGAGAAGAGAAGCCGGAUGAGAUAGAUUCCUGGGAACCGAGGUUUGCUGGGCAUCAAAGUUUAAGAGAAAGGGAAGACUCAUUCCUUGCUCGUGAUCAAAACAUUAACUGUGGGUUUGUUAAGGGUCCUGCAGAUUAUUCAAGUACAGGAUUUGACAUAGCUGAGGAUGAUUAUAGAUAUAACAGUAAAUGUCACAUUGCUGUUGUUUCGUGUAUAUUUGGAAACUCAGAUCGUCUGAGAUCUCCAUUUGUUAAAGUGAUCAGUCGUUUGUCUAGGAAAAAUGUUUGCUUUGUGAUGUUUAUGGAUGAAAAGACUUUGCAAACUAUUUCUUCAGAAGGCCAUAUACCCGACAGAAUGGGAUUCAUUGGUUUGUGGAAGGUCGUCGUAGUGAAAAAUCUUCCUUAUACGGACAUGAGGAGAGUGGGGAAAAUUCCAAAGCUGCUGUCUCAUCGACUUUUCCCAUCAGCAAGGUAUUCAAUUUGGUUGGAUAGCAAGUUGCGCCUCCAACGUGACCCUCUGUUGUUAUUGGAGCACUUCUUAUGGAGAAAGGGUCAUGAAUAUGCCAUAUCAAAUCACUAUGAUCGUCAUUGCGUCUGGGAGGAGGUGGAGCGGAAUAAGAAGCUUAACAAAUACAACCAUACUAUGAUUGAUCAGCAAUUUCAAUUUUACCAGGCUGAUGGGCUAAAAAGAUUCAAUGCCUCUGAUCCUGCAAAGUUGCUCCCGAGCAAUGUACCAGAAGGGUCUUUAAUAAUAAGGGCACACACCCCAAUGUCAAAUCUGUUCUCCUGUCUUUGGUUCAACGAGGUGGAUCGUUUUACCCCUAGAGAUCAGUUGAGCUUUGCAUUUACAUACCAGAAAUUGAAAAAGAAAAACCCUAGUAAAACAUUUUAUCUCCACAUGUUCAAGGACUGUGAGAGGAGACAGAUUGCGAAAUUAUUCCAUCAUAGGUCCGAGGAAAAACGCAGUACUCCACGGGAUGCCACGGAGUAAUCCAAGGGAGGCAGCAUUGCACACAGUGUGAAUUUCCACUUUCUUUUGUAUGUUUUGCUCGGCCAUGCCUUGUCCAUUCUUGUAGAACAUAAUUGCCUUCCACGAGUUCCAUUUUAGAUCCUGGAUGGCAGUACAAUACACUAUAUACCGGAAUUUUUCAACGAGAAGAUAACAUUGGUUCUGCUGGACCAGACUGGCGAACGAGGGGCAAACACUUUGGAUUAACAGCAAUAGAAGAAAUUGUUCAUUUUCUAGUUCCUCAUUUGUAUUAAUUUUAUUCCAAUUCAUUCUAUGAUUGAUGGCUGGAUAGACGAAGUCAUCAUUCAAUACUUGUGUAACUCUAAUAUUGAUCUUGAGAAACUAAACUACUGCUGCCCAUAUGUAUUUUUAGGGAAGAUACGACCGGAUUAUCAUCUGGGGUAAAUUUUUUGAUUGGUCAUUUACAGUGUAUUUUUAGCUUUUGGGAACACUUUUAGAUAUAAAUACAUGAUGUUGGUUGGUAUA